ACCGGGGCGUCAAUGUUUGUCAACAUGCUCGUUUCUCGCUCGCGGUUUAGCCGAUUGUUACGAAGGACAUUUAUCUGAUCGGUGUUAGCUUUCCUGAGGAUUACUAACGCCAUGAUUCUGUCUAGAGUAAAGCCAGCAAAUGUUCAUGGGGAGGUCCCAGUCAAGAAGACCAACGGGAAAAAGUCCCCGCUUGUGGAGGACUUCCUAAACCACAGAGACUACCUCGGUGCCAUUACGUUGCUGGAGUUUCAGCGCAGUGUUGGUGAGCAAGUGGGUGGUGACGAUCUGUGGGUACCCUAUUGUGCUUUUCACCUUGGUGACUACAAGAAAGCCAUGGAGGGGUACAAAGCCAUGACAAAGAAACCAGACUGCCAUCCUGAUGUGUGGGUCUACCUAGCCUGUACCCUCUUCUUCCUGGGCUUGUACAAAGAAGCAGAGGAGGCUUCUCUUAAGGCCCCUAAAUGCCAGCUGCAAAACCGACUGCUGUUCCACUUGGCUCACAAGUUCAAUGACGAGAAGCAGCUGAUGAGUUUCCACCAGGAACUGGAGGAUGUAACGGAGGACCAGCUCAGCCUGGCCUCGAUCCACUACAUGCGUUCCCACUACCAGGAGGCCAUCGACAUCUACAAACGCAUCCUAUUACAGAACAGAGAUUUCCUAGCCCUGAAUGUGUACGUGGCUCUGUGCUACUACAAGCUAGACUACUACGAGGUGUCCCAGGAGGUGCUGGCUGUUUACCUGCAGGAUGUUCCAGACUCUGCUAUUGCUCUUAACCUCAAGGCCUGCAACCACUUCAGGCUCUACAAUGGGAAAGCAGCAGAAGCUGAGCUGAAGAACCUGAUAGAUAUCUCCUCCAGCUCGUUUGAGUUUGCCAAGGAGCUAAUACGACACAACCUGGUAGUGUUUGGUGGUGGGGAGGGGGCCUUGCAAGUGCUUCCCCCACUGAUCGAUGUCAUUCCUGAAGCUCGACUCAAUCUGGUCAUCUACUACCUCAGACAAGAUGAUGUCCAGGAGUCCUACCAGCUCAUCAAGGACUUAGAACCAACCACACCACAAGUUCAGAGCAGUGUUAGCCUUACAGAGUACAUCUUGAAAGGGGUGGUGAAUGCUGCAGUCGGACAGGAGGUUGGGUCGAGAGAUCAUCUGAAGAUUGCACAGCAGUAUUUCCAGCUGGUUGGUGGCUCAGCUAGUGAAUGUGAUACCAUUCCUGGCAGACAGUGUAUGGCCUCGUGUUUCUUCCUGCUCAGACAGUUUGAGGAUGUGCUCAUCUACCUCAACUCUGUCAAGAGUUAUUUCUUCAAUGAUGACACCUUCAACUUUAACUAUGCACAGGCCAAAGCUAAUGUUGAAAACUACAGGGAAGCAGAGGAGAUCUUCCUGUUGAUUCAGAAUGACAAGAUCAAGGCUGACUAUGUAUACCUCAGCUGGCUGGCACGUUGCUAUAUCAUGAACCAGAAGGCCCGUCUGGCUUGGGAUCUCUACAUAAAAAUGGAGAAUUCAGCAGAGUCAUUCAGCCUCCUUCAGCUCAUUGCCAACGACUGCUACAAGAUGGGCCAGUUCUACUACUCAGCAAAGGCAUUUGAUGCCUUAGAAAGAUUGGACCCCAAUCCUGAGUUCUGGGAAGGCAAAAGGGGAGCAUGCGUCGGGAUCUUUCAGCUCAUAUUGGCUGGCAGAGAACCCAGAGAAACUUUAAAUGAAGUUCUGCCCUUGUUGAGAAACACUGGGAACCCUCAGGUGGAAUACAUCAUCAGGAUUCUGAAGAAAUGGGCCAAGGAAAACAGGGUUUCUCUGUGAUGCCAUUGUACCAAACUCAAGAACCCAUAGCCUAUAAAAGUUACAAUUAAACAUUUCUGCAAUGUUUUUUUUAAUGCAGUACCUCACUGCAAUAUUUUAAAAAAAAUGUACAUAGAUUAUUAAAUGCAAAAAUGCACCACUAAUUUAUGCCUGUUUAUGCUCAGCUAAAUUCUUUCUGCAGUAAGUAGUUGCAUACAUUUUUUAUAGAUACAUUGUUAAA